CUUUUCUAUUGUUCAAAUGAGACUUGAAUAAGAAAGGCUGUGCAACAUAUCUGUUGAUAUUAUAACCUUCCUUCAGUGGAACCAGUUAUUUAUUUAUUUACAAUGUAUACAGUUGCCUUUCACGAUAGUUUACGAAAUUAACGAAUGAAAAAUCCAGAAUGAGUGAUACUCUAAAAGAGCUGAGAGAACGAUCUCAAAAGAGGAAAAAACUUCUUGCCCAAACGUUUGGUGUAUCUAAUGUUGCUGAAUUAAGACAAGUACUGGGAACAGCUGAGGAAGAACCUGCAAAGAAAGUUCCUAUAUUGUCACAUACACCUACUGAAAUACUGAAUGAAAAAGAAGAAAAUGGGACUGAUAGCGUUGUUUACAAAGAUUCAUCAACAUUUCUUAAGGGAACACAGUCUUCAAAUCCUCACAACGAUUACUGCCAACAUUUUGUUGAUACUGGACAAAGGCCACAAAAUUUCAUAAGAGAUGUUGGAUUGGCUGACCGUUUUGAGGAGUAUCCCAAACUCCGAGAACUAAUUAAAUUAAAGGAUGAUUUAAUUGCUCAAACAGCCACGCCACCAAUGUUUCUCAAGUGUGAUCUUGAAACAUUCAAUAUAAAAGAUUUAAAUAAUAAAUUUGAUGUGAUACUUGUUGAACCUCCGCUUGAAGAAUACCAAAGAACGAUGGGAGUAACAAAUAUUAAACUUUGGAGUUGGGAUCAAGUAAUGCAAUUGGACAUAGGUGAAGUUGCUGCCUCUAGAAGUUUUGUUUUUUUGUGGUGUGGCUCAUCUGAAGGUCUUGAUAUGGGAAGAGCUUGUCUGCGCAAAUGGGGUUUUCGUAGAUGUGAAGAUAUUUCUUGGAUCAGAACUAAUAUAAAUAGCCCAGGACAUUCUAAAAAUCUUGAACCUAAAGCAAUUUUUCAACGGACUAAAGUACUAUUUCGUUGGCGCGGCCAACGACAGCAACCGCUAUUCCACGCUGCCAACCGCUGUUGGCGUAGCUAUUUUUCUGAAACUGCUCACUGGGGUUGUUAUAACCUGCGUAUAACCUUCGAUUAUUUCGCUUUAUCUUCGAAGAUAAAAAAAUGAACAUCCUUUCUCUGACUCCGCUUUUUUAUUUGAGGAGGAAGAAGAAGAAGUGGAAAUGUUGUUCAUAAGGAGAAGGAAUAUCAGUAUUUCAAUGAGAUGCUCAUCAUCAAAUCCCUUCUUGGACAUUGUUUGUUAUUGUCUAGAUGAACAACCAAAAAUUGAGGAACAACCAAAAAAGAACAAAAAGGCGGAAAAUGCCGUAUUAACAACAAUAGUCCCCCUGAUAUUAGAUAUUAUUAGUUUGAAAAGUAAUAGUAAUUAUUACAUGAUUGAUUAGUAAUACAUAUAUAUUUGUAAUUAAAUCACAGC